UUUCGUUUGUCUUUUACUCCACCCUCUCUUGAGUUUCCCAGUUGUUUUUGAAUGUGUCGUUAUACGACCAGCACCACACAAACGACUGCUUCUUCCAGUGCUACACUAGCCUAGGCCUAAUUGUUCUCAAAAAAAAAAAAAAAAAACACACAUACAGAAAAUGGAAAGAAGACAGCGAGAAAGGCAUAACAAAGACGAUGAGAGGCUACGUGAGACAACCAGGGACCAAAGAUGGACUCAAACCCCAGCUGAGAAAAAUCCACAAUCCUCCAAUGUCUCUCAACUCAACCAUGCCCAGCAGACACCAUGUAAUGACCAGAAUCAGGAGCCAGGAAGAGGAAUGGGGAGAACUUCACUGUUGUCUGACUCCUCCACAUCAACAGACCCCUCAGACACUGAACUGAGACUGGUGUUGGUAGGCAGAAGAGGGGCAGGCAAAAGUGCAACAGGAAACACCAUAUUGGGUAGAAAGCAUUUCCGCUCACAGCUCAGUGCAAGCUUAGUGACCAGAGCAUGUGAGAGAGUGCGUGCCACUGUGCGAGGCAGAAAUCUGAUGGUGGUGGACACACCCAGUUUCUCCAACACAGUGCUAUCCCAGGAUGCCAUUGAACAGAAGUGCAGAGAUGUCGAGCUGUGUUCACCCGGUCCUCAUGCAGUCCUGCUGAUCGCUCCUCUGGGGGCUCUCACAGAAGAGGAACGCCAGGCCAUCGACACAAUCCAGCAACUCUUCAGUAAUGAAGUACCCAGUUGCACCAUACUUGUCUUCACCCAUGCUGACAUGCUGAGGGGAGAGUCCAUCAAAGAUUUCAUUUCCAGACAGAGUCAGAGCAUCCAGGGGCUGGUAGGGAGGUUCAGUCACCGCUUUGUAGCCAUCAACAACAGAGACCCUAAAGAUGGAAGCCAAGUGGACCAGCUGCUGGAGAUGGUUGAGAAUCUGCGCAGACAGAGAAUGCUCAGGCCAUUGCGAAUGGUACUUGUGGGCAGAACGGGCACGGGAAAAAGUGCCACGGGAAACACCAUCCUGGGGGGAGAGUAUUUCUGCUCACAGCUCAGUGCAAGCUUAGUGACCAGAGCAUGUGAGAGAGUGCGUGCCACUGUGCGAGGCAGAAAUCUGAUGGUGGUGGACACACCCAGUUUCUCCAACACAGUGCUAUCCCAGGAUGCCAUUGAACAGGAAGUGCAGAGAUGUCGUGAGCUGUGUUCACCCGGUCCUCAUGCAGUCCUGCUGAUCGUUCCUCUGGGGCGCCUCACAGAAGAGGAACGCCAGGCCAUCGACACAAUCCAGCAACUCUUCAGUAAUGAAGUACCCAGUUGCACCAUACUUGUCUUCACCCAUGCUGACAUGCUGAGGGGAGAGUCCAUCAAAGAUUUCAUUUCCAGACAGAGUCAGAGCAUCCAGGAGCUGGUAGAGAGGUUCAGUCACCGCUUUGUAGCCAUCAACAACAGAGACCCUGAAGAUGGAAGCCAAGUGGACCAGCUGCUGGAGAUGGUUGAGAAUCUGCCAUUGCGAAUGGUACUUGUGGGCAGAACGGGCACGGGAAAAAGUGCCACGGGAAACACCAUCCUGGGGGGAGAGUAUUUCUGCUCACAGCUCAGUGCAAGCUUAGUGACCAGAGCAUGUGAGAGAGUGCGUGCCACUGUGCGAGGCAGAAAUCUGAUGGUGGUGGAACCCAGUUUCUCCAACACAGUGCUAUCCCAGGAUGCCAUUGAACAGGAAGUGCAGAGAUGUAUUGAGCUGUGUUCACCCGGUCCUCAUGCAGUCCUGCUGAUCGUUCCUCUGGGGCGCCUCACAGAAGAGGAACGCCAGGCCAUCGACACAAUCCAGCAACUCUUCAGUAAUGAAGUACCCAGUUGCACCAUACUUGUCUUCACCCAUGCUGACAUGCUGAGGGGAGAGUCCAUCAAAGAUUUCAUUUCCAGACAGAGUCAGAGCAUCCAGGAGCUGGUAGAGAGGUUCAGUCACCGCUUUGUAGCCAUCAACAACAGAGACCCUGAAGAUGGAAGCCAAGUGGACCAGCUGCUGGAGAUGGUUGAGAAUCUGCGCAGACAGAGAAUGCUGCAUCUGGCCAACUUUGCCAGGCCAUUGCGAAUGGUACUUGUGGGCAGAACGGGCACGGGGAAAAGUGCCACGGGAAACACCAUCCUGGGGGGAGAGUAUUUCCGCUCAGACCUCAGCAUGACCUCUGUGACAGAAGAAUGCCAGAGAAAGGAUGCCACUGUGCAAGGGCAGGAUCUGGUCUUGAUUGACACGCCAGGCCUGUUUGAUACAUCACUCUCCCAGGAAGUUGUGGAACGUGAGAUUGUUCGCUGCCUUACAUUUUGCUUCCCUGGGCCCCAUGUAGUACUGAUAACUGUGCGUGUCGGAGGAUCCACUGAAGAAAACUUGUGUAGCAUUGACUUGAUCGAGAAAUUAUUCCAGGAAGACAUCAGGCGCUACAUCAUUCUCAUCUUUACUCAUGCAGACCUGCUGGAUGGAACUCAAAUCCAGGACUUCAUCAGACAAGAACCGAGACUCCGGGAGCUUGUAGAGAGGUUUGAUGGUCGCUAUCUGGCCUUUAACAACAUGGAGACAGAAGACCACAGUCAGGUGUCCCAGUUGCUGGAGAUGGUUGGCAGCCUUCUGGCUUGCAAUGAGAACCAGCACUUCACCAACCGUGUCUCACUGGCGAUAGAGCGGGCUGUGGCUGAGCUGCUGUCAGAGGCUAGAUCUGCUAGGUUCCAGUACAUUUACAGAUGGUGCCAAAGUCAUCCUUUUAUCGCAGCCUCCCUUAUAUUAGGGGCAGGAGUCGGGCUGGCAAUGGGGGCUCCCUUAGUGAUGGGUGCCAUGGCCCCUGCAGCAGUUGAAGUUGGACUUGGAGUACAACUGGCUAAUCUCAUGUUAUCGGUUGGCCUGGACAGCGUUGCUAUAAAUGCCAUAAUGAUGAAGCUAGCAGCUAAUGGCAUAAUAGGUGGUGCAGUUGGGGCAACUGGGACAGGGGCAGCAGGUUUAGCAGGGACAGUUGGGGCAGUGCUUACUGCUGCUACAAAGUGUAGUAUACAGUAGUCUUGUGAUGCUAUUAUGAACACAAAUGUUUUCAUUGUGGACAUACAAAGACAAUGUACAAUAUACGAAAACAGCAAAGAGAGGACGUGGUAAUAUACAAAUUGUAUACAUAAAUAACAUUAAAAUCACAAUACAAUAUUCAUCUUCAUAUUACAAUAUUAUACUGCAUGUUAUUGGUAAAGUGUAGAACAACAUUUAGUGCAAUCAGACUUUCUUGACAUAAUGUCUCUUUAUUAUUGGAAUUUAUGAAGUAAGAUAUGUAGACUGUACACAUAAACACAUAUUGCACAUAUAUGCCCAUUGUUUUUCAGUUGUAAUAAUAUCACUAUCUCUUAAAAGCUUUCAUAAUACCUGAAGGUUAAUCAUGAAAAUGCAUGUUACAUCAUCAUUAUUCACAUAAUAUGUACACUCAAAACUGGCACAUACUUUAUGUGUUUCUAUCAGGCUAAAUAGAAAGGUGAGUCUCUUUAUAAAUGUUAUAGUCAACACCAGAGCUGUGGACACAUUGGGGAUGGCAUGUCCAUGUUCAGUACACAUCAGAGAGACAUCAUCUAAACAAGCCAUUUGGAGCCAAAUUGCAUAAAUGAAGCAUAUUACAAGAGAAAUGGUACUCAUUAAAAGACCUUGACCUUG